AUGCUUCACUCAGCGGUCGGUCGUAAUUCCGUGUUUUAUUUUACACUGGAAGGUUCUUCGCUUCUGUCUGUAAUGAAUCGUUCUCGAAGUCCAAACGCUACGAACUUUUUCGACAAUGUGCAACGCACAUUUUCCGGACUCAAUAACAGAUUGGAGAAAAAUGUACAGGAACAUUUGCGUAACGUGUACGCAACAGUUGCAGCCGGCAUUGGUGCGGCAGCCAUUGGAGCAGCGGUUCAUAUGUUCACUAACAUAUUGAGGGCAAAUUUUUUGAUGGCAUUCGUGUCUAUCGGUGUUAUGUUCACGCUGAUCUCAACGCCACACACUAGGGAGAACGAAAAGAAAAGACUCGGAUAUUUCUUCCUGUUUUGUGGAAUUUCUGGUGUGAGCAUUGGCCCUCUUAUUGAGCGUGUCAUUGAAAUCGACCCGUCGUGUGUGUUGACCGCGCUGCUUGCCACUACUACUGUAUUCGGAUGCUUCUCCCUUGUCGCUCUGUACGCUCCAUCGACAAAGUACAUCCAUUUAGGAGGUACUUUGGCGUCGGCUUCGCUGUGUCUUCUGUUUGCGGCAUUCUUUGCAUCAUACUACGUCAUCAUUCUUGGAGGACUUGCUCUCGCGUGCGCAUUUGUCGUGUAUGAUACGCAGUUGAUUGCCGAGAAAUCACGCCGUGGUGACGACGACUACAUUUGGCACUCAGUUGAGCUUUUCAUGGAUUUCGCCAACAUUUUCAGAUACCUCAUUAUUCUGCUCGCCGACAAGAGACAGAAAGACAACAGGAAGAGGAGAGAUUAA